AAGAAAAGAAAAAGAGUGUUUUUCUGCUUGGUUGAACGCGCGCAAACGCACUCCUUCUCGAAAUUUCGUUUCUCUCCGUUGCUCUCUUCCGCAAACAAUCUUUCUCCCUCUCUCUCGCACGCCGGCACACUACCGACGACGACACACCCGCCCGCACCUCUCCCACGCACGCCGGGGACGACGCGCCUUGUCGUCGACGAUACGCCCGAAACUCCUCUCUUCUUCUCCUUCAGCCGACGCCCCCACACAGCCACCCCUUGCGCCUCUUAACUCGCCGGUGAUUUCCACCCACACGCCGCCGUUCGAGGCCAUCAGAGCGAUAGUUUUCGCUGCAGUUCUUGCCAUCGUUCGUGAUGCUCUGCCGCUGAGAUCUGCAAGCCACACGUGUGCGAAGUCCUUUCGUCGUUCAUCCCAGCCGCCAAAUUUUAUUUGAUCGCCUGCCGUCGGGGGUAACAUAUUGUCGGGCGCCGAGUCCCGUUCCUACAGGCCAAAUUGAAGUGGGGAAAGUGUAUAAUCCUGGGGGAUCGAGUCAUUGAUAGAGCGAGAAGGUGAUUUCCCGAAAGCUACGUGAAUGUGUUUUCGUAGCGCCAUCUAUGGUUCUCAGGGGAUUUCGGGGUGAAAGAGGCCGUGACCGGAGAUCCGAGAACCUGAGCCUAGGUGAGGACGUAGAUAAAGGAUUAUGAUUGGCUUCGGGCCUAGCUUAACCCAUGGUGGGUGGCUUUAUGUGCACAUAGGAGCAUGGAUAUGGAGGUUGCUACUGUAGCAGAUACUAAACAUGCGUGAACUCAGUCUGGCCGUGUGUUUCCUUGUGGAUAUGGAUCACACGCGAGCUAUUCUCGAUCGUGUAUUUAAUGUGCUACCAUGAUUAAUUGGAUAAAAGUUGCUAUUGUGACAAGUACUAAAUACGCGUGAACUUAGUUUGGCCACAUGAUUCCUUGAUCGUGUGUGAGCUAUUCUUGGCCAUAUAUUUAGGCGCUCUGCUAUGGCCGAAUCUUUUUGGUGAACUUUUAGCAGAGGAAAGGGUACCAGAACGAUUUAAUAUUAUAAAUUUAAACAGCUUGUAACUGUAUCAAGAAAGGACCUUGUAUCCUCAUCUUUUUAGAUGGAGGAUGCUGCCAUAAAAGGUGCCAUAUCUAAGGACCACUGGAGUAGAGAUCAUAAUGAGGGUAUGAGAGCAAGGCCUCUGCAUUUUGGUGAGCCAAUUGCUGCAAGGCUUGGUGUGGACUAUCCAUUCCCUCCUCAUCUUGAGUAUGCGUAUCCUCCUCCAGAUGGUAAUAUCCUGACCAACAUUGUUAAUGCCCUCAUAGCUGUCCCUCGCUUUUACACUCAGGUGCUGCAUUUAAUGAACAAGAUGAACAUCCCAGCUCCAUUCCGAUUGCCUCUGCCCACCCCACCCCUCCCGCCUUCCACUCCUGCCCCACCAUCACCAUCAUUAACGCUGCCACCUCUUCCUCCUCCUGCCACUUCAAGGUCUCAAGUAACAAAUAUGCCCAGUGAUGAGUCAGAAAUGGAGUCCUCAGAAGAGGAUGUUGAAGGGAAAUAUAAUUCAAGUGGAGUUUCAAAAACUGCAAAAUCAGGAUACAAGCGUCCUAGGUGUGAAACCAUUGUAGGCCCUGGGAUAGAUAAAGAUGUGGCUCAUGAGGCUGUUGGGGUGAAACCUUCCACAUUGGUUCCAAAAGAGAUUCCUAUGAUAAAAAAGAAGAACCCCGUGAUUCAGAUUAGAAUUGCCCCUAAAGUGAUUCAUGAUGGAAAAGUUGAUAAAACUAACAAUGAUGGUGAAGAGGCAGAAAAGGAAGCAGAUGAUCUUAAGCCAUAUGCAACACUCGAAGAUUUAGAGAGAGGCAAAUUGCCUCCAGAAGAAAUUCUUUCGCUUCCAAUGUUCAAGAACUAUACUGCUGGGAGUCCUACUUCUGUGCUGUACAUCAAGAACUUAGCCAAAGAUGUAUUGAAUGACGACCUCUAUUAUAUUUUUGGAUCAUUAUUUGAAGGUAUUGAUGAAGCCAAAUCUGCUCUAACUGUGAAGCUAAUGCAGGAGGGAAGAAUGAGGGGCCAAGCAUUUGUAACAUUUCCAUCGAUUGAGCUUGCACAACUUGCUUUGAUGAAUAAACGAGGAAACAAGAAGGUAAAGCUGGUUGCUUUUAUGUUGAAGUUUGAGGCCUCUACACGGUGGGACCAAAUCCAAAUGAAUCGGUGGCUAAUAUGCAAGGCACCCAUCAGAAGCCGGUCAAGAAUGCUGAAGAUGAUGAAGGAAUGAUUUCUUUCGGCCGACUAUGCACCAAUUUUGUAUCAGUAGUACCAAAAAUGUGAAGAAAGACUUUAUGGAAUGCUGAAGAUGAUGAAGGAAGGCUAUUUUUGGAAGACUUUAUGGAAGAAGUUUAACACAAGUUUAAAGUUUUGCACAGCAAGUCAUUCUCAAACCGAUUAGGAAACAAGAGUCACACAAACAGAACGGAAUCCUUGGGAAUCUUAUACGUUUCUUGGAGAGGACAAGCCUAAAAAAUGGGACCUGGUCUUAGCUCAAGCAGAUUCACAUUCAAUCAGAUGAAUAAUCGAUCCAUGGGAAGUUAUCAUUGAAAUAGUGUACACUAAACUCCUUAGAUUUACUGUUGACCUUACUAAUUUGCCUUCCUGAUUUGAUCUUAAUUUAGAAGUUGAAGGAUUAACUGAAAGAAUAGCAGAAGUACAUAAAGAAGUCGCACCACACUCGGAAAAAAUAACCAACUUAAAAGGCAGAAGCAUAGAUGAUUCAAAGAGUUCGAAGGAGAUUUGGUCAUGAUUCAUCUUCAAAAAACUCGAUCUCCGAUAGGGACUUGCAGGAAAUUGCAUCCCAAGAAGUUUGGUCCUUUUCGAGUAUUGAAGAAAUGCGGUGACAAGGCUUACAAGAUUGAACUACCUGAAGAUUUACACACGAGCCCAAUCUUCAACAUUGCAGACAUAACCGAGUACUUCCUACCAGAUUAGUUCUCCAUUUUAACAUAAACUCGAGGAAUCUAGUAAAUGGUUACGUGUUCAAAGGCAAGCCAAUGAUUAUCCAAUUUGGGCGGAAUCCAGGAGCCGUCAAGGGGAGUUAAAACGUUGGCUACUAGUACCCAAUUGAACCCCAAAUAUAAACUUGAAAUAUCAGAGAUAUG